ACUCCGCCGCGAGCUCCUCUUUGAUCCGCCGCCGCUCGCUCAGUUCUAGAGCAGAUGAACGGAUUCGGUCCGGAUUUUCACGAGUCACGGAAGAGCCAUGCGCUCGCGGCACACGCUGUGCGGAGAUUGACGCGCCUUUUCCGUCUAAACCAGCGCUCGGUGUGUGUUUGAGAGGCUUGCGCGGAUUCCAGGCUCGAUCCGCGGACCGGAGUAACGGAGCGCCGAUCCCAUGUUGCAACCGAACCGACACGACCACGACCGCUCCAAAGAUCCAGUGAAAUACGGAGAACUGGUGAUUCUCGGGUAUAAUGGCUCUCUUCCCGGAGGAGACCGCGGUCGCAAGAGGAGCCGCUUCGCUCUUUACAGAAGAGCCAAAGCCAACGGCGUCAAGCCCAGCGCCGUCCACAUCCUCAGCAACCCACACGACAGCAAGGCGGUGAACAGCAGGGGGCAGCACAGCAUCUCCUUCACCCUCUCCAGGAACCAGACCGUGGUGGUGGAGUACUGCCAUGAUAACGACACCGACAUGUUCCAGAUCGGCCGCUCCACCGAGAGCCCUAUAGACUUCGUGGUGACGGACACACCGGGAGCGUCCCAGGAGAGCGAGGACUCGUCCUCGGCGCCCAGCACUAUCUCACGCUUCGCCUGCAGGAUCGUCUGCGACCGGAAGCCGCCCUACACGGCCCGCAUCUACGCCGCCGGCUUCGACUCCUCCAAGAACAUCUUCCUCGGGGAGAAAGCAACGAAGUGGAAGAAUCCUGACGGUCACAUGGACGGACUGACGACUAACGGCGUUCUGGUGAUGCAUCCUGUGGGUUUCCCAGAAGAGCCCAAGCAGGGUCUGUGGAGAGAGAUCUCUGUGUGUGGAGACGUGUACGCUCUCAGAGAGACCCGAUCCGGACCCGUCCGCGGCCAGCUGGCUCAGGGUGAGAGCAGUGCUCUUCAGGACGGGUCUCUGGUGGAUCUGUGCGGGGCGACGCUGCUCUGGCGGACGGCUGACGGUCUGCUGAAGGCCCCGACCCUGCGGCACCUGGACGCCCUGCGUCUGGAGCUGAACGCGGCGCGGCCGCAGUGUCCCGUGGGUCUGAGCACACUGGCCUUCCCCAGUCUCCCUCGGAGCCACAGUCUGGAGGAGCGCCAGCCCUGGGCAUAUCUCUCCUGCGGACACGUGCACGGCCGACACGACUGGGGCCAGCGACCCGAGGGCCACCGCGAGCGCAGUGAGGGCCCCGGGGGCCGCCGUGAGUGUCCGCUCUGCCGGAGCCUGGGGCCGUACGUGCCGCUGUGGCUGGGGGCAGAGCCGGGCUUCUACACGGACGCCGGGGCCCCGACUCAUGCCUUCGUUCCCUGCGGUCACGUGUGCUCCGAGAACACGGCUCGAUACUGGGCCGUCACGCCGCUGCCUCACGGGACACACGCCUUCAGACCCACCUGCCCCUUCUGUUCGGCCCCGCUGGCCGCCGGCCCCGGGGUCACACGCCUCAUCUUCCAGGGCCCCAUCGAUUGAUGAGGGGGCCGAACGAGGGCCGAAAGGAGUCUCACGAGGGGCUGUGUUAGAAACAUGCUGCUUUCGAGUCAAAUCAGUGUUGUUUAUAUAAUGUACUGAAUAAAUUCCACCAUGCGCAUCAAAAAAGGUUAUAAAUAAUAUGCUCCUUUGAGGUCACAUCAUUUACCGUAUUUUUUGGACUAUAAGUCGCACCUAAGUAUAAGUCACAUUUAUUUA